AUGUUGGUGGUGGAGCUGGUAUCGGUGCUGUCGGCGGAGUUGGUGCUGGUGCUAGUGGGGGAGUGCGAGGCGGUCUCGGAGGCAUUGGAGGCAUCGGAGGCGGCAUCGGCGGGCAUGUUGGAGGUGGCGUUGGCGGUUCAGUCGGUGGCGGAGCAGCGGGCGGAGUUAAUGCUGGAGUUGGUGGCGGCAUCGGUGCCGGUGCAGCUGGCGGUGCUGGUGGCGCCAUUGGAGGCGGUCUAUCAGGCGGUGCUCGAGGCAAUGUUGGUGGUGGAGCUGGCAUCGGUGCUAUCGGCGGAGUUGGUGCUAGUGGGGGAGUGCGAGGCGGUCUUGGAGGCAUUGGAGGCGGCAUCGGCGGGCAUGUUGGAGGCGGCGUUGGCGGUUCAGUCGGUGGCGGAGCAGCGGGCGGAGUUAAUGCUGGAGUUGGUGGCGGCAUCGGUGCCGGUGCAGCUGGCGGUGCUGGUGGCGCCAUCGGAGGCGGUCUAUCAGGCGGUGCUCGAGGCAAUGUUGGUGGUGGAGCUGGUAUCGGUGCUGUCGGCGGAGUUGGUGCUGGUGCUAGUGGGGGAGUGCGAGGCGGUCUUGGAGGCAUUGGAGGCAUCGGAGGCGGCAUCGGCGGGCAUGUUGGAGGUGGCGUUGGCGGUUCAGUUGGUGGCGGAGCAGCGGGUGGAGUUAAUGCUGGAGUUGGUGGCGGCAUCGGUGCCGGUGCAGCUGGCGGUGCUGGUGGCGCCAUUGGAGGCGGUCUACCAGGCGGUGCUCGAGGCAAUGUUGGUGGUGGAGCUGGUAUCGGUGCUGUCGGCGGAGUUGGUGCUAGUGCUACUGGGGGAGUGCGAGACGGUCUCGGAGGCAUUGGAGGCAUCGGAGGCGGCAUCGGCGGGCAUGUUGGAGGCGGCGUUGGCGGUUCAGUCGGUGGCGGAGCAGCAGGCGGAGUUAAUGCUGGAGUUGGUGGCGGCAUCGGUGCCGGUGCAGCUGGCGGUGCUGGUGGCGCCAUUGGAGGCGGUUUAUCAGGUGGUGCUGUCGGCGGAGUUGGUGCUACUGGAGGAGUUCGAGGUAGUGUUGGAGGUGGUGUUGGAGGUGGUGUAUCGGGUGGAUCGGAACGUGAUCUUACGGGUGGUGUUACCUUGGGAAGUGAAACAAACGUCUCCGGUCCUACUGAUGACAGUGAGGAGCUGCCUACGGUCGAUCAGAAGUCUGAGGAAUCGGACUCACCGACGACCCCGUGCCCCGAUGGCAGCGGCAAACCGCCUAAUGUCGACCAGAAGUCUGAGGAAUCAGAGUUGCCGAAGACCCCAUGCCCUGAUUCGGCCUCGGGUACUCCGCCCGUGA